AUGCAGUGGCAUAUCAGUGAUUACAUCAAUCCGGUGACGGUACAGAGGUAUCAGACUUUGGUUACAUCUAUCUUGCCAAAAGCAAAAGUAUCAAACGAUAUAUCGCUUUCAGGUUCACAUUUAUUGUUCUUCCAUCCAGUAACAGCUGCCCUCAGCGAAGACGGAUACUACUCGUACCAGACUCCUGGUGCUAUAUUGAAACGUGAAGUGCCCUUUCGGCGUCGCAUGUGGGUUCAGGGAUCAAUUGAGUUCAAGAAAUCACUGACAGAUGGCUGGUACAAUUGUCAAGAAGAACUUAAAUUCAUCAAAGAACUGAACAAAGACCAUUUCGUAGGGUUGAAGAGAACUAUACGAGACGAAAAGGGGUACCUAUAUGUUAAAGAGUUAAGAACGUUGAUAUAUACUAAUCAAAAAGUCUCAGAUAAAGUAAUAACCAAGUCCGAAGAUUACAGUACCCGAGAAAUCAUCAAUUUGGAAGAUAUCGAUGUCAUGGUUUACAGUUCGAUCAGUUCGAAUCCUCAUAGAAUACAUUGGGAUAGGGACUAUUCGCGCAACGUAGAGGGAUACCGUGAUGUUAUAGUACAGGGCCCGUUUUUGGUUCAAUUGGUGAUCAACUAUUUCGAACAAUGUUUUGGAAGACAAGUCUCCAGCAUAAAAUACAAGAAUACGUCUCAUGUGUAUGCUGGCACAGAUCUUGAAAUCUGUCACAAUGGACUCGGGAAGGAUGGUCAAAUCAGUAUAAUAUUGAGAGAUCCUAAGGAUUCACAUAAGGUUUACUUUGAGUGUAAGAUAGCUUCAUGUAUACAUAUAGAGUAA